AUGAUAACAAAAUUUCUGCAAAGCUUGGAAGAUCCAAAAAAACCUCUUUUCGGUCCGAAUUAUUGGAUGUUAACGAAAACUGGUUUGAUCCUACCUGAUAGUAAAAAAGGAAAAGCCAUAUACAUUUUCUUGCUUUCUUUUCUCACUUUUUUCGUGUUCACACAAUAUUUAGAGCUAUUUAACAUCGGGUCUAAUUUGGAUCUGGUGCUAACGAACUUGAGGAUAUCAAUGUUGAGUAUAGUUUGCGUCGUGAAAGCCAACACUUUCGUGUUCUGGCAGCGUAAGUGGAAGCAGCUCAUCGAGUAUAUUACCGAAGCUGAUAAAUAUGAGAGAUAUAGUAGAGAUCAGAUUAGAAAAAGAAUUAUCGCCAACUACACAAAAUACUGUCGUAAAGUCGUUUAUUUCUAUUGCUUUCUGGUUGGUAUGACCGUGAUUACUGUGACUAAUGCUCCGCUAUUGAAAUAUUUAUCUUCAUCAAUAUAUCGUGACGCUCUGAGUAACGGUACGGAAUCUUUUCCUCACAUCUUUAGCUCAUGGGUGCCGUUUGAUAAAUAUUCUUCGCCGGGUUGUUGGGUGACUGUUCUGUACCAAGCGUCAAUGUGCAUUUACGGGGGUUCUAUUAUGGCGGCUUACGAUACCAGUGUGAUGGUAAUCAUGGUAUAUUUUGGUGGGAAGCUUGACUUACUUCGGGAGCGAUGUAGGCAGAUUUUCGGGACCGAUGGACUGGGUGUGAGUAAUGAAGAAGUAGAAGCGACUAUGAAGGAACUUCACAGCAUCCAUGAUCUUUUAAUGAAGAAUGCCAAGCUGUUCAAUUCUUUACUGUCGCCCGUCAUGUUCCUCUACGUGGUAAUGUGCUCAUCAAUGCUAUGUUUUAGCGCUUUCCAACUAACAACUGCCACGAGCACUACACAGAAGGUACUGAUGGCUGAAUAUUUGAUAUUCGGCAUCAUGCAACUUUUUUUCUUCUGCUGGCACAGCAAUGUUGUCAUCGUAAAGAGCGGCAAUGUUAUGCUGGGUCCAUACGAAAGUGAAUGGUGGAUGGCAGACCCGCGACAACGGAAGAACAUAAUCCUCCUAGCUGGUCAAUUGAACCGAGUCCAUACGUUUACAGCGGGGCCCUUUACAAAUCUUACGCUGUCGACCUUUGUGACGAUCCUUAAGGGAGCCUAUAGUUACUACACAUUGUUUUUAAUCGCAAUUAUUAUUAAUAUUGACAUGGAAAAUCAAAACACACAAGAAAAAACAGCACCUAUACAGUAUGUUCGAAGUUCACGUGCAUUUCGACAAUUCAAAAAUCCUCCUCAACCUCAUAUGUGUAUUCAAGACUCAAUAAGAGAUACUUCGGAGAAAUUAUAUAUUAAUGUUUUGGGAUGGCAGAAAAUAGCGAAUCCAAAACAGUAUUCGGAUCCUAUACCAUUAUAUGGUGGUAUGCAGGUGCAUCAAGGGUGUGGCCCUAACAGCAACAGACCACCUCUUCUUGUGUUUGCUGUUAUGGUUAAUCCGGACAUCUUGAAAGCUAAUGGCAAGAAUGCAUCUAAUCCCACAGACCGAGAAGCUUUGGUUAGCCUUCUUUGUGACUUCGUGGAGGCUAUGAACCCAGGUCUGAUACUUGCUAGGAACCCCGUGAUACUGAGGGACAGGGAUCUUGCAGGGGAACUAAAAGAUGUUUGGCUUGCUGUUCAGAACAAAAGAGAACGGGAAAAAGGAAUGACCCAAGAUGUUAUGUAUAAGGUAUACGAUAUUGACGGAAUUGGCAGUGAUGACAUUAAUGAAGAUGAAAAAUCAAACUCUAGAAGUAACAGGAAUUAUGACAAUGGAUCACCGAAUAGAAACCAUCAAAACGAUAAGAAAAACACAGUAAAAUCUUCUAAACAAAUUCUGCUUAAUGCCGGACAGAAGUCAGAAUUCGACUCUGGAAUGAACAACUGUCAGCUAAAUCAAAAUCAAUUGCACAAAGACAAUAAAACAGGCAACACCGACUCUGAUACCACAUAUUGUACACCAGUUUAUGGACAAAUUGUUUCAAGUAGAGAGAACCACAAUCAGAUCAAUGAGAUUCAACAAAAGUUCGCCACUACUGAGCCAACUAAACCUUCGAGUUCAUUCAGAAAAGAUUGGAACCCAAUUGUUGGGAAGACUGAAGGUUGGAAUGAAUCAAAACGUAAUAUAAUAAAACAUACUGAUGAUUUAAAAAAGCAAAAGUGUUCGAAAACAGAUAAAGCCAACAAACAAAUCAGUAAUGGGAAGCAUUAUGACUUCUUCCCUGUGUUUGACAAUAAAGCAAGUGAUUUGGAAUUUGACAAAGAAAGAAAUGCUGCCGGGGAAUGUUUAAGUAAAAAGCUGGAAGAUGAUAACAAUUCUAAAAUAAUUCUAGACCCAAUGCAGAAACUAGUUCUGCAUUCGACUGAUAAUAUGUGAUAAUAAAACAAGUGCUCUCAGCUCAUUUAGCUAAUAAUAUUAAAGCUUUUACGAGUUUUGUAUGGCCAAUGUCAGAUUAG